AUGAAACAUUUACUCAUAUCCUUCUUAUUAAUUACCAUUGCCUUUAGUAGUUUGAGAGGCUCAGACAGAAUGAACAAACAUCAAGAUGAAGAUUCAAGUAGCUAUUCUGGAUCUUCAAACGAAUCAUCAAAUGAUUAUUCUGAUGCACCAUCCUAUGAUCAAAGCUAUUCAGGAGAAUCAGAUGAUGAGUACUCUUCCUACAGUUCUUCCGAAGAUUCGGAUUCGGAUUCAUAUUCAUAUUCUUUUUAUUCCUCAUCAGGCUCAGAUGAUUCAGAAACCUCAGAAGAAGACUAAGAGAGAUCCCAUAAACCAAGACCAGAUCACAGACCCAGACCUGAUGAUCAUAGACCCAAACCAGAUGAAUUCACUAGAUCAGUGUUUAAGACUCUGAGAUAAAUCGAAAAAGGAAUUCUUGAAGAUUGGAGACAAACCGAAGAUCCAGUUUUACAAAAUGAAAUCAGAGCUCUUCUAAUAUAAAAUUUAGAAAAUCUCCUUCCAGUUGCUGAAACUCCAGUGGAACCAAUGGAGAUUUAACCUGUUGUUAGUCGAAUUGCUGAAGAAAAGGAUGAAAAUCAUCCAAGACCACCACAUCCCAGACCUCCUCAACCACCCUAACCAGAAGACGAAUUCGCUAACAAAGUAUUCGAAACUCUUCAUUAAAUUGGAUAAGUGAUUUUGGAAUAAUGGAAUGUUGAACAAGAUGUGGAAGCUAAAAACCAAUUAAGACAGAACAUCCUAGAAGAAUUAGGAGCCCUUAUUCCUUUGAAUUAAUGA